AUUUAACAAAAAGUCAAAAACUACAGUAAUACUACUUGGUUGAAUUUGACUUUGGUCAAACUGGAAUCACCAAGGGCUUGGAUUCAAUUUGUUUGGAUCUAACGGUUGAGAAUUGCCACCAUUAAAAAGGCCGCCAUAGAAGACUAAAGACCGUCUCCUCAAAACCAGAAGAGAAUCUCAAAAGCUGUAAGAACACGGCUUUCAUUAACUCCCUGACAAGUGCGCUGACGACACAAUUCUUUCAUUGUUUUCCCCAAGGUAUUAAAAAUCCAAAUAGAAUGGAAUAUAAUGUUACGAACAACAUAUAUACCAAUUCAAUCAUUCAUUAUUUUACUAAUUUUCAAUCUAAUUUUAUCAAGAACUCAGUCAACGCUUCCUCCAUAACCCAGCUAAAUUUUUCCCAACAAAAUACUUUCUUGUAUCAAUUUCCUACAUACCCAUUUCAGAAAUUUCCAGAAAAAUACGUUCUUGUAUCAAUUUCCUAAUACCCAACUCAGGAAUUUGCAGAAAAAAAACGUUCUUGUACCAAUUUCCUACAUACCCAUUUCAGAAAUUUUCAUGUUUUCUUCAUAAAAUAUGUUUGAAUCCAGGCCAAGAAGUGUUUUAAGUUUUGGGGUUUUCCUUAUACUAGUUUACUUAUCCUCUGUUCCAUUACCAGUGAAGUCCCAAUGCAACAAAGGUUGCGAUUUAGCUUUAGCUUCUUUCUAUGUUUGGCGAGGUUUAGAUCUCACUUUAGUCUCACAGAUGUUCUCCACCAGUAUACCAGAAAUUAUUUCUUACAACAGCAGGGACAACAUCCCUAAUCAAGAUAAUGUCAUAGCCGGGACAAGAAUUAACGUACCUUUCCGUUGUGAUUGUUUGAACGACGGGGAGGUAUUGGGCCAUGCUUUCCCAUACAAGGUUAAAUCCGGUGAUACUUAUGAUCUAGUGGCGAGGAACUACUCCGAUUUGACGAAUGCGGAGUGGAUGAUGAAGUUUAAUAGCUAUCCGGAGAAUAAUAUCCCGGAUAAUGUGAACUUGAGUGUUGUAGUGAAUUGUUCUUGUGGGAAUAGUGAUAUUUCGAAAGAUUUUGGGUUGUUUGUGACGUACCCUGUGCGGGCGGAGGAUAACUUGACGUCAGUGGCUUCAGCAGCCAAUGUGAGUGAGGAUAUAAUCCGAAGUUAUAAUCCUGAGGCGGAGUCCAUAUUAGAUAUAGGGGAAGGAAUUAUCUAUAUUCCGGGAAGAGAUAAAAAUGGGAACUUUCUGCCACUGCCAACAAGCACAGGUUUGUCUGGUGGCGCUAAAGCUGGGAUAUCUAUAGGAGCAAUAGGAGUAGUCUUGCUGUUGGCUGGUUUGGUUUAUGUAGGAUGUUAUAGGAACAAAGCACAAAAGGUUUCACUGCUCGCAUCCGAAGACCACCUCCGUCAGUUUGGUCAUGGCCCAGAAGGCAGCACGACAGUUAAAGCUGCUGAUUCCAGUCGCCUGGAUGAUGGCAAUUCUCCAGGGCUUUCAGGCAUAACUGUGGAUAAAUCUGUUGAGUUCACUUAUGAAGAGCUUGCUACUGCAACUAAUGACUUCAGCAUCGCUAACAAAAUCGGACAAGGUGGUUUUGGUGCGGUUUACUAUGCUGAGCUCAGAGGCGAGAAAGCAGCUAUCAAGAAAAUGGACAUGGAGGCUACGAGGGAAUUUCUAGCUGAAUUGAAGGUCUUGACAAAUGUUCAUCACCUGAACCUGGUGCGCUUGAUAGGCUAUUGUGUUGAAGGUUCCCUCUUCCUUGUAUAUGAAUAUGUUGAGAAUGGACACAUAGGCCAACAUCUACGUGGUACAGGAAGGGACCCAUUGCCAUGGUCUAAGAGGGUUCAAAUUGCUCUAGAUUCAGCUAGAGGUCUUGAGUACAUACAUGAACAUACCGUACCAGUUUACAUCCAUCGUGAUAUUAAAACAGCAAAUAUUCUGAUAGACAAAAACUACCAUGCAAAGGUUGCAGAUUUUGGUUUAACCAAGCUGACUGAAGUUGGAAGCUCAUCUUUGCAAACACGACUUGUGGGUACAUUUGGAUACAUGCCUCCAGAGUAUGCUCAGUAUGGUGAUGUCUCUCCUAAAGUUGAUGUAUAUGCUUUUGGUGUUGUCCUAUAUGAACUAAUUUCAGCCAAGGAAGCUAUUGUCAAGCCAAAUGGUUCUGUAACUGAAUCAAAGGGUCUUGUUGCUUUGUUUGAAGAAGUACUUAAUCAGCCAGAUCCUGAUGAAGACCUUCGCAAAUUGGUUGACCCAAGAUUUGGAGACGACUAUCCCCUUGAUUCAGUCCGGAAGAUGGCACAGCUUGCCAAAGCUUGCACCCAUGAAAAUCCCCUAAUAAGACCAAGUAUGAGAUCAAUAGUGGUUGCGUUGAUGACACUCUCUUCGUCGACAGACGAUUGGGAUGUUGGAUCUUUCUAUGGAAAUCAAGGUAUGAUAAAUCUUAUGUCUGGAAGGUAGUAAACCAAGAUCUUGCUCCCACGCGCAAUUAAUAUUUCACUCAGGAUCCUUGCUUGUGAGCGAGACCAAGACCGUGCUGUUUUAAGCAUUGGAUCAGUGUACUACUUCUGUAUUUUUACUUGUAUAGUACUUGCUUGAAUAGUGUAACAAAAGCAUAAAAAGAUAUCUUUAAUUUGUAACAUUUAGCACAAUCUUUGUGAGUUAGAAAUGGAACAUUUCCUCAUGGGGAAAUACAUGUUUUCUUUGUUGUCUGCUGACGUGACGAGCAGUGUUUAUUAUUAGAGGCGGGGUCAGGAUUUUCAGCUUAUGAAUUCUGGACUACAAUUCUUUUUGGAUAUUGGUUUUGAAUAUAGUAUUUAUACUUGAUAAAUUAAAUUUUUAUUUACAAUUA